CACCUUCUUUACGCAUCCGAUUCUCUAAUCGAUUUCUCUUUCUAGAUUUCUCCUUCUGCAGCGCUAUCUAUCUCUAUUCUCUGCUCAAUCAUGGAAAUGGAACGUGUGACCGAGUUUCCUCAUGCACACAUGGAUCGAAGACCGAGGAAAAGACCGCGUCUCGGCUGGGACGUUGCUCCUCUUCCAUCUAAGGCUCAGCUAGGUAUAUUAUGUGGACAAGAGAUUGGGAAUCUGGCAAGCCUUUCAUCUUCGAAGACUUCUUCCAACCAAACUAGUUCUUUCUUUCUUAAGGGUGUGGAUGGAAAUGGUUCUCCCCCAUGGCGAGAGGAUGACAAAGAUGGGCAUUUCAUGUUUGAGCUUGGCGAAAAUUUAACUUCUCGCUAUAAAAUUCACAGUAAGAUGGGAGAAGGAACAUUUGGGCAGGUUCUGGAAUGCUGGGACAGGGAAAAGAAGGAAAUGGUUGCCAUUAAAAUAGUUCGUGGGAUUAAGAAAUAUCGUGAUGCAGCUAUGACAGAAGUUGAGAUGUUACAACAGCUUGGUAAACAUGAUAGAGGGGGCAACCGUUGUGUGCAAAUACGGAACUGGUUUGAGUAUCGUAACCAUGUUUGUAUUGUUUUUGAGAAGCUUGGACCAAGUUUAUACGAUUUUCUCAAGAAAAACAAUUACCGCUCUUUUCCCAUUGAUCUAGCACGUGAGAUUGGAAGACAACUGUUGGAAUGUGUAGCAUUUAUGCAUGACUUGCACCUCAUACAUACAGAUUUAAAGCCUGAAAAUAUUCUUCUAGUUUCUUCAGAGUACGUUAAAAUCCCCGAUUACAAGGGUUCUUCACGAUAUUCAAAGGACAGUUCUUUCUUCAAGAGAGUACCAAGGUCAAGUGCCAUAAAGGUGAUUGAUUUCGGAAGCACUACUUAUGAACGUCAGGAUCAGAACUAUAUUGUCUCAACCCGCCACUACAGAGCGCCCGAGGUCAUAUUGGGCCUUGGCUGGAGUUUUCCUUGCGAUAUUUGGAGUGUGGGUUGCAUAUUGGUGGAGCUGUGCUCGGGAGAUGCAUUAUUUCAGACUCACGAGAAUUUGGAACAUCUUGCGAUGAUGGAACGAGUUCUGGGGCCUAUCCCUCAUCAUAUGCUGAGAAGAGCAGAUCGGCAUGCGGAGAAAUAUGUGAGAAGGGGAAGAUUAGAUUGGCCAGAGGGUGCUACAUCGCGAGAGAGUAUAAAGGCUGUUCAGAAGCUUCUCCGUCUUCAGAAUUUGGUAAUGCAACAUGUAGAUCAUUCAGCUGGGGAUUUGAUUAAUCUUUUGCAAGGACUUCUUAAAUACGACCCGAGUGAGAGAAUAACAGCCCGAGAGGCUCUUAGUCAUUCAUUUUUCACGCGGGAUUAUCUUAGGAGAUGACUCCGAAGAGACGACGAUUUUGAUCAUUGAUGACUGAAGUGUGUAUUUACCAAACAAUGGUUAAGGUAUGACAGACCAAUACACAUUACAUAAGAAGAUGAUUUAUUGAUUGAAAAGCUAGGGUUUUGUUAGAUCUGAUGCCUUUUUUUUUUCUUAUGGUAUUUCAGUUGCUACUUAUUGUAAAUACAUGCUUCAUAUUUUAAUAAACACUCUUUUUUAGUA